AGGACAAUGGAAGACGUUAAGCAAAGAUGCCGUGCCCUCCCAGAACCUGCCUAAACUGAACCCUGAUGGUACAGUCAUGGUGAUCAGGAAGAGUCGCACCGUUAAAUACAGGGAAGGCAAGAAGGAUGACAUCCAUGGUGAGAAGACAGACAAAUGGCCAAUGAACCUUGGACCACACAGUGUUCUCCAGACCACAACUGACCCACACAUGGUCUGUGACCCACAGGACAAUAAUCUAGCAUACCGCUACCCAACACUAAACACAAUGAAUCUAUCACCACAAAUCAAUAAUCCCCAUCCUUCAAUGAAGCCCAAGAAGCAGGACGCCUUCAUGCAAACAGACCCAGUACAAUCUGAAGACGACGAUUCACAACCGAACAACAGUUACAGCGAGGUUUCAGAAAAAUACCCCGACAUAGACUACCAAACGUACCAAAAAGAACAAGUUUACGAUAAGAAAUAUGAAGCGAAAGAUUACACUAACAAACAAGAUGAUUAUAUACCGCAGACGAAUGAGGAAUAUAAUAAAGAAGCCGAGAAAUAUGCACUUGAAAGGAAGUCCUUGAAUGGUUACGAAAAACCUGUGGAGUUCCCCAAACAGGUCGACGGUUAUCCGAAACUCGACGCGUACCCAGGUUUCGAGAAACCAUUUCGUCCCGACUACGGUUUUCAGAACUAUCAGGAUAGCGUUGAAAUUUUGCGGAAUCAACAGCACAAUUUACAAAUGCUGCAGGAACAACAUAGGAUCAAUGAAAAUCAGAAUUUUUUUAACGAAAGCCAUAUUAAGCAGGAGGUUGACAUCAACGUCGAUGAUGACAAAUUCGCAUAUGAAAGGAGUAAGGAACAACUUGACGCUGACAUGUAUACUUCAAGGAGACUGGAACAACAGCGCGCCAUUCUAGAACAGAUACAACAUCAGGUCAAACAGGAACCUGACACUCCUAACGGAUGUGAGAAUGUGAUGCAGCCACAGGGCAGUCCCUACUACCCAACAAACAAUCAUAACAACGUCACAGGCGGGUACUACGAGCAGGUCCCCCGGCCGGGCCCGGAGAUGCUCAUCGCCAAACAAAACGCACUCGCCGCGCACACGCAGCUAUGGCAAAACACAAUGAAGCGGCCAUUCUUCUACAGUGAAAGUCCGCACUACAACAGUACCCCGAUCUUACACAGAUACGAGGACAUCUCAAGAAUACUUCAGUGA